AUCACCGUCUCUUUUCUCUCCCUUUCUUUCCCUUGUUUUUUAUUUGAAGGCUAAAACAAAAGAAGACCCCGGAGAGAUUCCCGUUUCUUUCUCCGCAAGAACCCUGUCAGGCGCGUGCUUUCCACGCUCUUCAACAGUCCCCUUCCCAUCAAUCACUCUACACGCUUCUCCUCUGUGUCUCUUCCCUUCUUCUUCCCGUCAACUUCUCUCCAGUGAAAGGGUUUUGGCUUCCCCUUUCCGUUAUUUUUUCUCUCUCUAUCUUAAACCCUACCUAGGGUUUUUACUGAUUCCAAAGUCCAAUUUUAUUUUAUUUUCACUAAUCUCACCAUCCAUAAUAUGCGAUUUUCCAGUAAAGAACAAAUAUGAUUGAGAAAACGAAGAAACAGAAAAAGGGUUCAGUCAGUGAGGAAGAUAUCUCUACUCUUUUACAAAGGUAUACAGCAACUACUGUGUUGGCACUGUUACAAGAAGUGGCACAAUUUCCUGGUGUGAAGCUGAAUUGGAAUGCUUUAGUCAAAAAGACUUCUACUGGGAUUUCUAAUGCUAGGGAAUACCAGAUGUUAUGGCGCCAUUUGGCCUACCGGGACGUGUUGCUUGAAAAAUUGGAAGAUGGGGCUGAACCCAUGGAUGAUGACAGUGACUUAGAAUAUGAAUUGGAACCUUGCCCUUCUGUUAGCAGUGAAGCUUCAGCAGAGGCUGCAGCAUGUGUGAAAGUGCUGAUUGCUUCUGGUUUACCAAGUGACUCAAGUCUCCCGAACAGCUCAACAGUAGAGGCUCCAUUAACAAUAAAUAUACCUAAUGGGCAGUCAUUUAGAGCUUCUUCAGAAAACUCGCAGCCCUCGUGCUCUAUGCGAGGGAUGAAUAUCACUGUUCCAGUCUCUGUUCAGAAACAGAUUCUACCUGCAGUGACAUCGACUGAAACAUCAUUGGAAGGAAACGGACUAUCUGGUGCCAACCUGCCUGCUCGAAGGAAAAGAAAACCUUGGUCAGAAGCAGAGGAUAGGGAACUUAUUGCUGCUGUGCAGAAAUGUGGUGUUGGGAAUUGGGCAAACAUCUUGCGAGGAGACUUCAAGGGAGAUAGAAGUGCUUCACAGCUGGCUCAGAGGUGGACUAUUAUUAAGAAGCGACUUGGCAACUUAAAUGUGGAAGGAAACUCAACUAGUCCCCAACUUUCUGAGGCACAGUUGGCAACUCGUAGUGCUUUAUCCUUAGCCCUAGAUAUGCCGGAUAAAAACUUAACAUCAGCUUGUCCAAGUAACCCUGGUUUGAAGACCACAUCCAGCAACUCUGCUCUUCCAAGUACUAGUGGUGAAGCUUCAGUUCCAGCCCAAAGCCAGUUCCAACAAGGUAACAUUGCGUCUGUCCAAGCCCAAAAUCCAUCUCAACAAGGUCACGUUGCCUCUGUUCAAGCCCAAAAUCAGUCGCAACAAGGUCCUAUCACUUCUGUCUCAGCUCAUAACCAGCCUCAAAAAGGUCCAAUUACUUCUGUUCCUGCCCAAAAUCUGUCUCAGCAAGGUCCUGUUGCUUCACUCCAAGUCUCAAAUCAGUCUCAACAAGGUCCCAUGACUACAAAAACCUCCCCGGGAUCGUCAGGUUCUACUUUAAAAUCUCUAGUAGGCUUAAAAAAACCGCCAGCAAAAUCUUUUUCUAGUACAGGUUCAAUCUUAGAUGCGACUGCUGUUGCUGCUGGGGCUCGCAUUGGUAGUCCAAAGGCUGCUGCAUCGUUGCUCAAGGCUGCUCAGUCCAAAAAUGCUAUUCAUAUUAUGACUUCCAGUGGCUCUUCUGUUAAACCUCUCAUGCCCAGUGGUAAGGAGGUUCAUUCUAAUGUGCAAUAUGUUUGUACUGGCCUAACAGCUGAACCGCUUUCUUGUCCUGUUACAUCUUCUACCUUGAAUCCUGGUUCAGUAAAAUCUCCAAUACAAAGAGUUGAGCAUACUCCAUCUGCUUCUUCUUCAUCAUUAAAUGUGUCGAUUCAGCAGUGUAAUACUGCUAACUCGAGUCCAACUGUUGAAGGUAUACUGAAGGAAGAGCUGGACGCUGCAGGAGAGAACAAAAGUUUUGUGUCAGACAGUUUACCUAAAGAGCUGGUGAAAGAAAAUGGAGCAUGUGUGUCAAAAAAUGAACAAGGUGAGGGAGUUAGAGAAGAUAAACCGGCUGUGUCAAAUCUAGAAUCCGAGUGGAAGAAUCUUGAGGCUGUUGCUGAGCAUUCUAGUGAGAAAUCAAUGGUUGAGGGUAAUCAACUAGAUGCUAUUACAAAUCUGGUUGAAGAGAGUCAAAAUGCCAUUGAUUGUUCAUUAAUUAAAAAAGGUGACAGUCAACCUGAAGCCUCUGUAAAUGAUGGAUGCACCAAGAAUUUGGAGGUUUUGAGCACAGACCAAGCUACGUAGUACAUGGCUUCUUGUCUUUAGCAUACCUAGCCAUUGAGGUUUUAAUCCAGCUAUGUAGGAAAAAAUAUGUACUGUAGAUGUAGUUGUUAAAAGAAUUCCUUGCAAAGAAAGCAAUCGGAUCCAACAUUGGUGUAAUUUUUCAUUUGGGUGAGGUUUGUGAUGGGUAUAGAUUAUGAGGUUUC